UUUUACGAUAUAUAUAGGAAGAAAAGUCUUGAAGAGAAAGCAAUGGCUCGGACCAUCUCCUACAUAACCGGGUCUCAGCUUCUCUCUUUGAAACCCCGCCCAAAUAUCGCCGUCAUCGAUGUCAGAGACGAUGAGAGGAGUUACGAUGGGCAUAUAACUGGGUCUCUGCACUAUGCGAGCGGCAAUUUCACUGAUAACAUCUCAAAUUUAAUUCAAGAGGUCAAGGGCAAAGAUACCCUUGUUUUCCAUUGCGCUUUAAGCCAGGUUCGCGGACCAACUUGUGCGAGGAGGUUGGCUAAUUAUCUGGAUGAAAAGGUAGUAGAUGCUGGAAUCAAGAACAUUUUCGUUCUUGAACGUGGUUUCAAUGGUUGGGAAGCUUCUGGUAAACCUGUUUGUCGCUGCACUGAUGUCCCUUGCAAGGGGGAGAGUUCAAAAUGAUAAUUUGACACAAAACCAUAUUGUUAUUUGAUGACAUCUAUCAUAAUCUAUACACGCUUAUCACUUAACAGAAUGUAUUUUUGAGUUUCGACAAUGCUA